CCUACUUUCUUUGCUUCGCACUCUUAUUUGGGGGAGGCGUACCCCUCCCCCCCCCCAGCUCUCAUCACAAUCACCUUCCCUCCCUUAUCAGGCAUCUUUGCUUGCUAAAGGGGGAGAGGUGGGGGGUGAGCUUGUGUGUGAAUGUGUGUGUGUGUCUGUGUCUGUCUAUGUGUGUGUGUGUGUCUGUGUGGGUUUUUUUUCCCUGUGCAAAAGCAGAGGCCAUUGUUACAGAGAGUAGGGCGUACCAGUCUUAGAGGGCAACCACACUGUGGCGGCUUGGCCGAGCUGAAGCCCGAAGCUGGAUUCUCAGGCGAGCCGAGCCUCCCAGCACCUUUCGGUCUGCUAUUUUUUUUCCCCCGCUCCCCUACCCCUCCCUCCUGCGCACCCCCGCUCCAAAGCCGAGUGAAUUGAAGCGGACGCCGCGCGGCUCCUUUGGCCGGAGGGGAGAUUUCUCGCCUGCCGCUCGCGCUGGGGCUCGAUGUGAAUAUAUAUUAUGUCUGCCUGUUCUCCCCUCGUCGGUGGCUAAGGUCAGCCGCUUGGAACAGACCCGGGAGGAGGGGGGCAGAAAGGGGAGGGGGGGUCCGGCGUGUCACGUGACCCCCAGGGGUGCCAAUGUCCGGUUGUGAGGGUACCAGGCCCUUGCAAGUUGCCACCCACUGCCCGGGCCUCGCCCAGCGAUGCAGAAAGCCACCUACUACGACAACACCGCAGCUGCUCUCUUCGGAGGCUACUCCUCGUAUCCUGGCAGCAACGGUUUCGGCUACGACGGGCCUCCGCAGCCCUCCUUUCAGGCCGCCACGCACCUGGAGGGUGACUACCAGCGCUCAGCGUGUUCCCUGCAGUCCCUGGGCAAUGCCGCCCCACAUGCCAAGAGCAAGGAGCUCAACGGCAGCUGCAUGAGGCCUGGCUUGGCCCCAGAACCCCUACCCGCCCCACCGCCGGGCUCACCCCCACCCAGCGCCGCACCUACCAGUACCACUAACAACAGCAAUAAUGGGGGCGGGCCCAGCAAAAGCGGCCCCCCCAAAUGCGGUGCCGGCUCCAACUCCACCCUCACCAAACAGAUAUUCCCCUGGAUGAAAGAGUCGAGGCAAACGUCCAAGCUGAAAAACAGCUCCCCCGGCACAGCAGAAGGUUGUGGUGGUGGCGGUGGUGGCGGCGGCGGCGGCGGCAGCGGCGGCGGCAGCAGUGGCGGGGGCGGCAGUGGCGGCGGGGGAGGGGACAAGAGCCCCCCGGGGUCGGCGGCGUCCAAGCGGGCGCGGACGGCGUACACAAGCGCGCAGCUGGUGGAGCUGGAGAAGGAGUUCCACUUCAAUCGCUACUUGUGCCGGCCGCGCCGCGUGGAGAUGGCCAACCUGCUGAACCUCAGCGAGCGCCAGAUCAAGAUCUGGUUCCAGAACCGCCGCAUGAAGUACAAGAAAGACCAGAAAGCCAAGGGGCUGGCCUCGUCGUCCGGAGGUCCCUCACCAGCCGGCAGCCCCCCGCAGCCCAUGCAGUCCACGGCCGGCUUCAUGAACGCCUUACACUCCAUGACCCCCAGUUAUGACAGCCCGUCCCCUCCAGCCUUCGGCAAAGGCCACCAGAAUGCCUACGCGCUGCCCUCCAACUACCAACCCCCUCUCAAGGGUUGCGGCGCCCCACAGAAGUACCCCCCGACCCCGGGGCCAGAGUACGAGCCCCACGUCCUCCAAGCCAACGGGGGCGCCUACGGGACGCCCACCAUGCAGGGCAGCCCUGUGUACGUGGGCGGGGGUGGCUAUGCGGAUCCGCUGCCGCCCCCUGCCGGCCCCUCCCUCUAUGGCCUCAAUCACCUUUCCCACCACCCCUCGGGGAACCUGGACUACAACGGGGCGCCCCCUAUGGCCCCCAGCCAGCAUCACGGACCCUGUGACCCUCACCCCACGUACACAGACCUCUCCUCUCACCACGCACCGCCUCAGGGUAGAAUCCAAGAAGCACCCAAACUAACACACCUGUGAUGUGAGGGGAGGGUUGUGGGGGGUGGGGGGACGAGGUCAAGGGCCAGGGAGGUGGUAGAGCUGGGGGUUGAGGGCGGCCUGUUUGGAGGCCUGAAAGAAGAAGAGGGGUGUGUGUGUGUGUGUGUGUGUGUGUGUGUGUGUGUGUGUGUGUGUGUGUUUGUGUGUGUUGGGGUUGUGGCCAGGCUUCCAGAAACAGGCCAGGCCUGGAGUGCUUUCCUUGAUCCCUGGCCUGAGUGGGUCUGUCUUUUAAAUCCUCCAAGCCUGUUUUAUCUGCCUCCCACCACCCUUGGAAAGGAAUCCCCAGCAGGUUGAAGCCCGCCAUGCCACAUAGGCCUCCAGCACUACCAAGUUAGAAUUUCAGAUUGGAAAGGGAGUCAAGAUAGGCAAGCAGGGCAGAGGAUCACAUUCAAAACUUAAGGCUUGGUUGUCAUCAACCAACCAACUUACCUUCCACCUCUGUGGGUAAUUGCCCCAGAUCUUGAUUUUUUUUUUCCAUCCUCCCUUUCAUUCUCCUUAUAAAAAUAAGAAAACACAUUUAAAUCUAAGGGCACAAAAUAUGCUCCCCUCCCCCCUCC